AGCAAGAGAGGAGAGAACCUGAGCCCGCAAAUUGAAAGAACCCACGGACAGCAGCCAUGUGUCCAUUGUUUUCUCCCCCACUAUUUAUGCAGCGAUAUCAAUUCGUUGUUGACUUCGUGCAAGCGCACGGUAGCAAAAAGGUUCUUGACCUCGGGUGUGCGGAGUGUAGUCUUCUGAAGCAGUUGCAAUACCAUGGCAAGGGAGUUGAGCUGCUUGUCGGCGUGGAUAAAGAUAGUUCAUCGAUGAAGACAAGAAUGCACUCAUUCGCUCCGUUGUCGAGUGACUAUUUGCAGCCAAGAGAAGGGCCUCUGGAAAUCGAGUUGUACCAGGGCAACGUGACCCAACCUGACCCCAUAACCCGUGGCUUCGAUCUGAUCACCUGCAUAGAGCUAAUCGAACACAUGCAGUUGGAGGAUGUGGAGAGGUUUUCAGAAGUGCUCUUCGGGUUCAUGGCGCCCAGUGCUGUCAUCGUCAGCACCCCCAAUGCAGACUACAACCCUCUGCUGCCAGGCCUGGUGGGCUUUAGGCAUCCUGACCACAAGUUUGAAUGGAGCAGACAGGAGUUUCAGCUCUGGGCUGUAAGGCUGAGUGAGCUAUUCGGCUACUCUGUUAGUAUAACGGGUGUAGGGGCACUGGAUGACGCGCACACGGAUGUAGGCUUCUGCUCCCAGAUAGCCGUGUUCAACAGGAAGCCCUCUCAAAACGACCCCACCAACCAACACCGCUCAAGGGGGGAGCCCACCGUCUACAGGCUGCUGUACUCCGUGGCGUACCCGAGCCUGAGUGACAACAACGUCCUGCAGAGGAUGCUGGUGAACGAGGUGCUGAGCCAGGCCGAGCAAGUCAAGGCGGCCUGGCUGAGCGGGGAGUGGGCCGCCAAGAUGGCGGGCGCCAGGGAGCCGUACCGGCAGGGCGGCGACAUCUGCGUGUCCCUGCUGGACGUGUGGGCGUGCCCGCAGGUGAAGCACCUGUGCGGCACACUGCGGAGGUUCACCGAGGCGCUGGUGGGUGAGAGGCGCGUACCACUCACGCCGGACCGGCAGGCCGUCAUCGUGCCCACGGAGGAGGAAGACGAAGAGGAGCUAGAUGAGGAAGAGGAAGAUGAGGAGGAAAUGGCUGCUGUAGAGGCAAGGUGCACCACCACCACCACCUCUGUGGCCACUGAGGACUGGGAGGAGGAGAUUACACACAGUGCAGUGGGCGAACUCACAGCAUGUCAUGUAUUAGCACAUGAUUAAACACACACACACACACACACACACACACACACACACACACACACACACACACACACACACACACACACAGCUCAGAUUUCAGUCUGAUAGAACAUCAUAUGACAACACAUGAUUAAACACACACAAACACACACUCACAUACAUACUUUCAUAUACAGACACGUGCACACACACACACACUCACAGCUCAGAUUUCAGUCUGAUAGAACAUCAUAUGACAACACAUGUUUAAACAGACGCACUAACACAUACACACACAUACUGUACACACUUUCAUGUACAAAUGCAGACUCGCACUCAUUAAACACACACAGACACACAAUAAAUUGGGAUGUAUCGGUUUGAGGGUUUAUUUUUCUAAAAAGUACCUGAAGAGUGCAGCAAUAAGUUUGAUAUAUAUCUAAUCCAUUAAUCAAAAUGUCUGUGAUUUCGUUACUUCAGUUGCAUAAGUAUUGUUUGGCUGCAAUUGUUUUUUCAUACAUUUUUUACUUAACAAUAGCAUUGUGAAGGGUGUUUUAGGGUAUGUGUAAAUGCCUUAGGUUGCAAAAAAUAAACCCACUCCACUCCAGAA